CCGCACGGAAGCCAGAGUCGCCUUGGGUCCCGACGCCGAGAUGGCGUCCUCCGCCUCCGCUCGCACUCCGGCGGGGAAGCGAGUGGUGAAUCAGGACGAGCUGCGGCGCUUGAUGAAGGAAAAGCAGCGUCUGAGCACCAAUCGGAAACGCAUAGAAUCUCCAUUUGCGAAGUACAACCGUUUGGGGCAGCUGAGCUGUGCCCUGUGUAACACCCCGGUGAAGAGCGAGCUCCUGUGGCAGACCCACGUCCUGGGAAAGCAGCACCGUGAGAAAGUAGCCGAGCUCAAAGGCGCGAAGGAAGCCACCCAGGGUCCGUCCUGCAGCGCCGUGCCCCCGUCAGCCAAGAGGAAGGUGCCGGAUGCGGAUGGCCAAGAUGCCAAAAGACCCAAGGCCUCCCCGCUGCCUCAGGUACAGCCCUCCACAUCCGCUUUGCCCACCAACUCUGACAGAGCAGGGAAGGACUCGGCCAGAGCGACCCUCAGUAAGGCCUCGGGACUCGGUUUACUCCCUGAUUAUGAAGAUGAGGAAGAGGAGGAGGAGGAAGGGGGAGGAGAAGGGAAAAGAGGGGACACCAGCAAGCAGCCGCCCGACUCACAGGGCAAGGAACCCUCGCUUUCCUCCUCGAGAGAGGCAACAAGUAUGCUGCCAAGCGGUUUCUCGGAUACAAAUCCUCCCAAGGCCCCUUUAAUUCCUCAUUCGGGGUCAAUUGAGAAGGCAGAAAUACAUGAAAAAGUCGUGGAAAGGCGAGAAAACACAGCGGAAGCAUUACCGGAAGGCUUUUUUGACGACCCUGAGAUAGAUGCUAGGGUACGAAAGGUUGAUGCCCCAAAGGAUCAGAUGGACAAAGAGUGGGACGAAUUUCAAAAGGCCAUGAGACAGGUCAAUACUAUUUCCGAAGCUAUAGUUGCUGAAGAGGAUGAGGAGGGACGGUUGGACCGGCAAAUUGGGGAAAUCGAUGAGCAGAUAGAAUGUUACCGUCGGGUGGAAAAGCUUCGGAAUCGCCAGGAUGAAAUAAAAAAUAAGCUUAAAGAGGUUCUGACUAUAAAAGAACUUCAGAAAAAGGAAGAGGAGAAUGUUGACAGCGAUGAUGAGGGAGAACUACAAGAUUUGUUGUCUCAGGAUUGGAGGGUAAAGGGGGCUUUGUUAUAGGGUUUCAAAGACCCGGGAUUUUCAUACCAUCAGCAACAGUACCAAAAGUGCUGUCUCUGGAUAGGGUACUGGUUACUUCAUGCCGCGAGAUUUGAUAACGUAACUGGGUUGUUGAGAGACAAUGAACCUGUGAAGAUAGCACUUUUGAAAAUUGGUGUAAAAUAUUUUUGAGGUAAAGUUGUUUUUGAAAUUUUUGGUCUGUAUACUAAAAUGUCAACUUUUUCACACAUUUACUUAAGUAUAUAAUUUUGAAUUGUCAAAUCUGUAAGCUGUAAGUAUUAUACAUAGUUAAAUAUAUAUUUACUUAAGUAAUUCUGUUUUGAAAUUUAUGAAAAAGGAGAAGCCAAGCCAACAGACAAGCCUUUGGAUGAAUACCAAGUGUGGUAUUUGGGACACAUGUGGCUUUCCCUUUUCUAAUCCCCUAAAUGAACUCCAGAGUGUUUUUCAGGAAGGUGGGGGAGGGGGAGGGGAGGUUGUUUUGUUUUUAUGAAUACUAUUCGCAAACAUGUAAGUCAUUCGGGGUAAAUCAGUUCUCUAAGUAGUCUGCUCUGUUUCAAAAACAUGGACUAGGAGAAUGGAUAGAUCGAUCUCCCAAAUGUUUCUCUUGAUUAAACCAAUGAUUCUCGGAUGAGGUGCACAUGGAGAUCACCCACCAAGCAUUUGAAAACAUGCAUAUGAAUCACCUUGGAGCUUUUAAAAAACUGUGUGCCCAAGGCCUAAGGUUAAAGAUUUCAAUAAAUCUGGAGUGGGGCCCAGGCAUCUGUUUAGUUUGAAAUCUUCCCAGGUUAUUCUAAUAUACACCAAAGUUGGAGAGCAAUGUGGCCCUAAAUCCCGAACCCAUUUAUAUUUUUUCAGGCUUUGUUUUUUUGAAAUACCAUAUGCCAUAAUUUGCCAUCUAUUGUAUGAAAGAAAUACUACCUUUUAUUUAGAUUUCAUCCAGUGUUAAAUUUUAUUACAUUUUAUAGUAAGGGUUCAGAGUUUCUGUCCAUUGUUGGGAGGAUAAGUUGUUUUCUCAAGGAAUAACAAUUAGCUUAUUCCUAUAUCUGAUUGUUUAGAUCACUCCUUUUCCCUUUAUUGAUAGAGGUAUUCAAAUGAAAAUGGAAUUAACAAUGUUCCAGCAGUAGAAAUGCAUACAGCAUACUCAAAUGAAAGUCAGUAGCAAUAAUAAUAGCUAAAACAUACAGCUUUUACAGUACAUGACAGGUGUGGUUCUAAGUGUUUUACAUAAACCAAGUCUAGUUGUUCUAAAGUCCAGGUUUUAUGGAGAAUAAUAUUAAGAUAUAAGGUAUGAAAAAGCCUCGCUUGGAUGCUAAAUGAAGGAAUUCUCUGUCGGCAGUGUAGGAAAAGUGGAAGUUUUAGAGCAAAAAAUUGUAUUUGCAAAAGAUUAUGGAAGAUGAUUUUAGUUGCAGUUUAUAAAAUGAAUGUGGAUUGGGAGAAAUAAGCUGGGAGACUACUUGGAAACUGAUUUUAAAAGCAAGGUGAGCAAGACUUUGAUUAGUUAUAGACUGAGAGUAAAGGAAUGAAGUUGAAAAAUUUUCACAGAAAGGGCCAAUAUUUUAGUGACUAGACAUAGAAGAAAAACAGGAGGGAUAAAGAUGAAAUUCAAGGGCUUGGGGGUUUUUAGUGUGGGUCCCUAGAGAAGUUAUCUAACACGUAUUGAGCACUUUGACUAUCUUGUGGUCUUUGGCAGAAAGUCUUUUCUUGAGCUGUCAGCUGACUGGUAAUAGAAGUUUCAGUAUGGUAGCAGAUUUACCUACCUUAAAUAGCUUACCUUAAAUGUAUAAACCCACAUGUACUCACAUUUUUCUAUCAUCCAUUCCUUUAUUUUAGAAUGAGAAAAUACGAAGGUGGGCUUGAGUAGUAGGCCUUGUUUUUACAUUGGCUUAAGAGGCUAGGCCAAUGAUCUAGCAAAGAACUUUCCAUUUAAAAAUACAGUGCAAGCCACAUGUAUAUUUUCUUUUCCUAGAAGCCACAUGAAAAAGUAAAAAAAUAUGAAAUUC